GCGGUGCAGUUUCAAGCUCGCCUUCGCAGCCGCGCACACACCGCCUCCUCGCUGAGCAGCGGGAACCGCAGCAGCUCGGUGCAGCCGCAGCCCAGCUCCGCGCUCCUGUCCGCUUACUGCCGUCAGUACCGCCCCUCGUCAGCACUCAGCCCGCAGCUAUUUCCUUCUGCCAGCCUCUUUGAACUCUCUGGAUCUUUGCCUUUGCUCGCCUCUCUCUCUCUCUUUUUUUCUUUCCCUCACCCCGUAUUUUCUCAACUCCUCUCUCAUUAUCCUUUACCACCCUGCUUUUCUGUCCUCUUUUUAUUGGAAAUUUCAUCUUGAUUUCAGAUGAUUUGCUUUCCUUACCCUCGUCAAUUUCAGCACUGAAGACUGAAAAGGAACCUUUACCUUUCCCCCCAGUGGCAUUUAAAAUUCGCAAUUCUUCAAAAGUCUUAAGAGGCAAAGGGACAGGACGCAGGACCCUCUCCGCACCCUUGAUUGAGCCCAGUCAAGAACAGUACUAGCAAUCAGAACUAGUAUUUCAUUGAAUCCUACUGAAGAGGAGGGCGAAAGGAGCCAGAAGCAAACUUCAGCGGUAUCCGCGGAUCUGUGGUUCCCGCAUUUAGAGGAUCCGCGUGCCAGAAGGCGUAGGAACCCACGGGAGACAAGGAGGAGCCCCGAGUCUCCUUCGCCCAUUCCUCAAGGCCAGAGCUGUGGACUGAAGUGUGCGGGACAACAGCCGCAGAAGAGGGUAGGAGAAGAUGCGGGGCUCCCGGCCCCGGGGUGCGGGACGCCGAAGGCCCCCGGGCGGCUGCGGCGGCGGCACCCUCCGCACCCCUGCGUCUCUGGCCGGCUGCUACUCCGCACCUCGCAGGGCCCCACUCUGGACGUGCCUUCUUCUGUGUGCGGCGCUUCGGACCCUCCUGGCCAGCCCCAGCAACGAAGUGAAUUUAUUGGAUUCACGCACUGUUAUGGGGGACCUGGGAUGGAUUGCUUUUCCAAAAAAUGGGUGGGAAGAGAUUGGUGAAGUUGAUGAAAAUUAUGCCCCUAUCCACACAUACCAAGUAUGCAAAGUUAUGGAACAGAAUCAGAAUAACUGGCUUUUGACCAGUUGGAUCUCGAAUGAGGGUGCUUCCAGAAUCUUCAUAGAACUCAAGUUCACUCUGCGAGACUGUAACAGCCUUCCUGGAGGACUGGGAACCUGUAAGGAAACUUUUAACAUGUAUUAUUUUGAGUCAGAUGAUGAGAAUGGGAGAAAUAUCAAGGAAAACCAGUACAUCAAAAUUGAUACCAUUGCUGCUGAUGAGAGCUUUACAGAACUUGAUCUUGGUGACCGUGUCAUGAAACUGAAUACAGAGGUCAGAGAUGUAGGACCUCUAAGCAAAAAAGGAUUUUAUCUUGCUUUUCAAGAUGUCGGUGCUUGCAUUGCUCUGGUUUCUGUGCGUGUGUACUAUAAAAAAUGCCCCUCUGUGGUACGGCACUUGGCUGUCUUCCCUGACACCAUCACUGGAGCAGAUUCUUCACAGUUGCUUGAGGUGUCAGGCUCCUGCGUCAACCAUUCUGUGACAGAUGAACCUCCCAAAAUGCACUGUAGUGCUGAAGGGGAGUGGCUGGUGCCCAUUGGGAAAUGCAUGUGCAAGGCAGGAUAUGAAGAGAAAAAUGGCACCUGUCAAGUGUGCAGACCUGGGUUCUUCAAAGCCUCACCUCACAGCCCGAGCUGCAGCAAAUGUCCACCUCACAGUUACACCCAUGAGGAAGCUUCAACCUCUUGUGUCUGUGAAAAGGAUUAUUUCAGGAGGGACUCUGAUCCACCCACAAUGGCAUGCACAAGACCCCCCUCAGCUCCUCGGAAUGCCAUCUCAAAUGUUAAUGAAACUAGUGUCUUUCUGGAAUGGAUUCCUCCUGCUGACACUGGUGGAAGGAAAGAUGUGUCAUAUUAUAUUGCAUGCAAGAAGUGCAACUCCCAUGCAGGGGUUUGUGAGGAGUGUGGCGGUCAUGUCAGGUACCUCCCCCAGCAAAUCGGCCUGAAAAACACCUCUGUCAUGAUGGUGGAUCUGCUCGCUCACACAAACUAUACCUUUGAGAUUGAGGCCGUGAAUGGAGUGUCCGACUUGAGCCCAGGAGCCCGGCAGUAUGUGUCUGUAAAUGUAACCACAAAUCAAGCAGCACCCUCUCCAGUCACCAAUGUGAAAAAGGGAAAAAUUGCAAAAAACAGCAUUUCUUUGUCUUGGCAAGAGCCAGAUCGCCCCAAUGGAAUCAUCCUGGAGUAUGAAAUUAAAUAUUUUGAGAAGGACCAAGAGACCAGUUACACAAUUAUCAAAUCCAAAGAGACGACUAUUACUGCAGAGGGCUUGAAACCAGCUUCAGUAUAUGUCUUCCAAAUUCGAGCACGUACAGCAGCAGGCUAUGGUGUCUUCAGUCGAAGAUUUGAGUUUGAAACCACCCCAGUGUCAGUUGCAGCCUCCAGCGAUCAAAGCCAGAUUCCUAUAAUUGCUGUGUCUGUGACAGUGGGAGUCAUUUUGUUGGCAGUGGUUAUCGGCUUCCUUCUCAGUGGAAGUUGCUGCGAAUGUGGCUGUGGGAGGGCUUCUUCCCUGUGCGCUGUUGCCCAUCCAAGCCUAAUAUGGCGGUGUGGCUACAGCAAAGCAAAGCAAGAUCCAGAAGAGGAAAAGAUGCAUUUUCAUAAUGGGCACAUUAAACUGCCAGGUGUAAGAACCUAUAUCGAUCCACAUACCUAUGAGGAUCCCAAUCAAGCUGUGCAUGAAUUUGCCAAGGAGAUCGAAGCUUCCUGUAUCACCAUUGAAAGAGUUAUUGGAGCAGGUGAAUUUGGUGAAGUUUGUAGUGGACGUUUGAAACUACCAGGAAAAAGAGAACUACCUGUGGCUAUCAAAACCCUUAAAGUUGGCUAUACAGAAAAGCAACGCAGAGAUUUCCUGGGUGAAGCAAGUAUCAUGGGGCAGUUUGACCAUCCUAACAUCAUCCAUUUAGAAGGUGUCGUGACCAAAAGUAAACCAGUGAUGAUAGUGACAGAGUAUAUGGAGAAUGGUUCUUUAGAUACAUUUUUAAAGAAAAACGACGGGCAGUUCACUGUGAUUCAGCUUGUUGGCAUGCUGAGAGGCAUCGCUGCAGGAAUGAAGUACCUUUCUGACAUGGGCUACGUGCACAGAGACCUUGCUGCUAGAAACAUCUUAAUCAACAGUAACCUUGUGUGCAAAGUGUCUGACUUUGGACUUUCCAGGGUACUGGAAGAUGAUCCUGAGGCAGCCUACACCACAAGGGGAGGCAAAAUUCCUAUCAGAUGGACUGCUCCAGAAGCAAUAGCUUUCCGAAAGUUCACCUCUGCCAGUGAUGUCUGGAGUUACGGAAUUGUAAUGUGGGAAGUUGUCUCUUAUGGAGAGAGACCCUACUGGGAGAUGACCAAUCAAGAUGUGAUUAAAGCAGUAGAGGAAGGCUACCGUCUGCCAAGCCCCAUGGAUUGUCCUGCUGCUCUUUAUCAAUUAAUGCUGGAUUGCUGGCAGAAAGAUCGGAAUAGCAGGCCCAAGUUUGAUGAAAUAGUCAACAUGUUGGACAAGCUGAUUCGCAACCCAAGUAGUUUGAAGACUCUGGUUAAUGCAUCAAACAGAGUAUCUAAUUUGUUGGCAGAACAUGGCCCUCUAGGAUCUGGGGCCUAUAGAUCAGUAGGUGAAUGGCUAGAGGCAAUCAAGAUGGGCCGAUAUACAGAGAUUUUCAUGGAAAAUGGAUACAGUUCAAUGGACGCUGUGGCUCAGGUGACCUUGGAGGAUUUGAGACGGCUUGGAGUGACUCUUGUUGGUCACCAGAAGAAGAUCAUGAACAGCCUUCAAGAAAUGAAGGUGCAGCUGGUGAAUGGAAUGGUACCAUUGUAACUUCUGCUAACGUCACUUCUUCCAGUGAAUGAUUCUGCACUUUGUAAACAGCCCUGAGAUUUAUUUUAACAAAAAAGGGGGAAAAGGGAAAACAGUGAUUUCUAAACCUUAAGAGAGCAAUGUCUCAUCCAUAGAAUUUGUAAUCAGUAUUUUACUAAAAUCUCCAUAUCUUCCUCUCAAUGUCUUCAUUUUUCAUGAAGCAACAAUGACCUUCAGGAAAUAAGAACAUAAAUAUUAUCUUGUGAAAAAUCCUUGCCAUACUUCUAAAAUAAUUUUCCUAUGAAAUAUACAAAUACAUAGCACCUUCAUAGACUAAAUUAAGGCAGCCCCUUUCAAAACUUCCAGGGAUCUACUUGAAAGGAAAAGUCUUAUAGCCAUUUGUGGGCUAAGAAAAGCUGCAGUUUACUGAAGUUUACUUCAAGUCUUAAUUGUCUACCUAAGUGUAUUGAAGAGCAAUAUGAUUAGAUUAUUUCUUAAUACAUAUCUUCUUUUGUAAUUUUAAAAUGCUGUUUACAUGGUGUUAAGUUAUAGAAACUAGUUUAUAAACACAUUGCUUGAUCAAGGAAAAGUACAAUACAGGGUGUAUAUUUAUUUUUCUGUGUUAUAAAGUUUACUUUUAGUUGCUCUUCUAGAGACUGUUAGGUAAUAAAUGUGUAUAUAUUGUAUAUUUUGCAAUAUAUCUGGGAACUGAUUGAAGUUGGAAUUGUGUGUGUAUGCUUGCACAUGUGUACAUUAUCAUUCUGCUUGUAUUUUUAAUAGUGUCUCAAUUUUAGCAACACCUAAGGACAAGUGUUCCAGAGUGUAAUACAAAUAAGAAAAAUAGGGAAGCAGUAAAACAAAAUUUAACACAAGCUGGUGUCUCUUUUUCCCUCAUGUGUCCAAAAACUACUAAUCUCUUUAUUCACUAACAGGAAAUGUCUAUAAGAUUAAAUCCCCUUUGGCUUUUUAAAAACACUUUGUGAUAUCUGUGACAAUGCCGCUCUUCUCACCAUUAAUCUUGCACCCCUGUAAGAAAUUUCACCUUUCUGAAUCCCAGAAAAUAUCUUGUCAAGCAAAGUUGACACCAAAGGGCACAUUUUCAGCAGGAUGUAGAAGGAUUUAACUGUGCUGGCUUGUUAAUGUUGUUAAAUCCAGGCACAUAGCACUAAGCAUCACCCUUAAGUGUUAAUCCUUUGUAACCAUUUCCAUUGUGCCUCAUUUCUAGACAUUUUGAUUCUAAGGAAGCAAUGUAAUGAUGAAAAAUACAUAUUUUUCCUUCAGAAUUUUCUUUAUGUCAAGUUUUAUAUGUUGAUGGCUGUUUAUUAAUUUGGUAAUUUCAUUUUGUAUUCAGUUACUUGACAUUGAAUUUAUUUUGAUGAAUCAAUCUCAAGUGUUAUUUAAUUGGACUUAUUAGGGCAUAUAAGUCAUAUUCUCUGUAUGUUCCACAUAAUAUACCUGGUGAAGAAUGACAAAUAAACCAUGGUAAAAAUUAUAUAGUUUAUUAGAAAACAUACAAAACUUAUCUCCUUAGUGAGAUGAACAAAAUUUUUGUAUUAUUGCACAUUAUUAAAAUCAAAGAAUGGCAUGUGAUCAUUCAAGGAACAAAGUACUUGAAUAAGAUACCACUUACUCAUGAUUGUCAAUGGCAGUAGUAAGAAUGUCAAAGUAGCUUUGAAGUGGUGAAAUCCAUAGGACAUGUACUUGUGUUAGAUUAAUUGUACUCUCUUUUUUCUAAGCACCUGUUUUACUUGAAUGUUGGUAUACAAAAGAAUAAAUUUGUGGGGAAUAACUUCUUUCUAUCUUGCCCACCCUUUACUUCAGCCGUAAAGUAACUUUUUGUUAAAGCACAAAAAAAAAAAAAAAAAAAAAGAAAGCCAAAAGAACAACGGAAAAAUGGAGGGA